AUGGACGAGCUCGGAAUCGAGCAGGUCGGGCUUGGGAUCCCCACGACGGGAAUGUUCAGCGGGCGCAGGAAGGUCCACGCGACGGUUCUCCUGUACAACUACUACCACCAGAAGCAGUUCCCGCAGCUCGAAUUUGCCAGCCCCGAUCGGUUCUGCAUGUCCGCCUCCCUCACCGUCAGCAACAAAAAUCUGCUCAUGUACCUGAAUCAGGCCCAGAACCUUGGCAACUGA